GGGAGGGAGCGGGGCCACGGCGGCAGCCAGGCUGGCUCCCAGGGGCUGGUGGUCUGCGGGGACGUGUGGCCGGGCCACAGGGGCUCUGCAGAGGCCCCAGGCUGUGUGGCCGUGGCCACACCUCGCCCGGCACGGCCGGCUCUGCCGGCUUCCCAGCUUUCUCUGAGACUUGUUUUUCUGCCUGGCAGUUUCCUGGAGCCAAAUGGCUCCUGCCUGCCUGCUCGGGGUCUGCAGCCUCCUCUGCGCCUGGUCAGUGGUGAUGGGACACCCCUGCAGCCUCGACCACCAGGGGUGGGCUGACUGCAACGGAAAGAGCCUCCUGCACGCUCCAAGUUCCCUUCCAAGCAACAUCACUGGAUUGGACCUCUCCUUCAACUCCUUGGUCAUGCCUCAUCACGGGACUCUUUUGAUGCCUUUCCCUUCCCUGCAGUCCCUCAACCUCUCUAGCAAUGCCCUGCUGGCGCUGAGCCCAGCAGUCUUCUCCAACCUCAGGGCACUGCGUCUGCUGGACCUGAGCAGCUGCAGCAUCGCCUACCUCCACAUGGACACUUUCAAGGGCUUGGAAAACUUGCACACGCUGCUCCUAAGAAACAACAGUCUGCAAGAGCUUGAGGUCCCUUUCUUCUUGCCGCUGAAGGCGCUUUUCCACCUGGACCUGCAGCACAAUGCUCUGGUCUCUGUGGACACUUGGAGCCUUCAGCUGAUGGAGGCAGUCCCUCAGGUCCGGCUGGAGGGGAACCCCUGGGUCUGUGACUGCACCGCACAGCCCCUGCAGCAGUGGCUGCAGCGCAGGCAAGCUAUGCAGGUGACCUGCGCGUCGCCCCCAGAGCUGCGGGGCCGGGAAGUUGCAGCUCUGGAUUUCCAGGACCUGGGCUGCUGGAUGAAGCAGCGGUUUCCUCGGGAGGUCAGCAUCACCCAGCAGACCACAGAGACCUACAGCAACACCACCACACCACCCACCAUGAAGGGAGGAAGGAGCUGGCCAUACCUAGUGGGCUUCCUGGUGUCAGCAAUCAGCAUCUCCCUCCUGAUUGCACUGGCAGCCAAGUGCAAGCUCUUCCACAAGAACUUCGCCAGCUACCGCCACCGGCCCCUGCCCGAAGCCAGCUCCAUCGGAGGCAGCCCCAUGGAGGACAGCAGCGACUGGGACAGGGGCUCCUCAGGCCAUGGGGCCAGCAAGAACCACCCCAUGCCUGAUGCUGCUGACCUGCAAGCUGAGGAUGAUGACGGCUUCAUCGAGGACAACUACAUCCAGCCAAGCGAGCAGCUGCCAGAGGACGAGGAGCAGGAGUUGCACCUCUCCAUCUGAGCCUGCAGCCCAGCCACCACCACUGCGGCCUCUCGCCAUCCCCACUCCUGCCUCCAUCCCCUUCCUGCCCUUUUCCACCUGCCCUCAGCUUUUGGCCCCACGUGCCUGGGGGCAGGAGGAAAGGAGUGGAGAGGCGGGGUGACAAGGUAAGCUGGGAGUGGUGAUGGAGGCUGGAGGCAGCCAGCCCCAUGGCAAUGGGGCUGCACCAGCACAGGGACACUGGACCUGCUGCUGUGUUCCCAGCCCUGCUCAGAUGCUGAGGAUGAAGGAGAUAGUGCCUAUCAUGUCCGGGCAGCCUGGUAGGGUGCAAAGAGGAGCCUGCCCCGGUGCUCCCUGCAGGGUCUUGUGCACCAGUCCUGCUGCCCUCAGUACUGGACCCAGCCCUGCUCUGUCCCUUAAUGUGUUGUCACUCCAGGGUGUGAUUAAAACGUGAUUUAACCCUGC